AUGUCUUUCGUACGCCACCUUCCAUCGAUAAGGCCUGCCUGGCGUACGCUUGCAGGGACGCGUCGUUACGUGGAUGGCGAAUUGCUGCCGCCAAAACAACUGCUGCAAUCGAGUUACGCCGCAUUCUCCAGGCAGCCUUCGAUACAGCACGUGCUUCCGUCUCCUCCGUCAAGAAGAUCGCACUCCGUGCUCCGGCGUUGCGUACGACCUGGUGAUGCUCCUGGUACGAGUAUCGCUUUAAACGAACACGCGUCUCGCAAGCGCCUACUCGAGGGACGACGUCUUUCUACCCAAAAGACAGGUGACGUCAACAACAACAGCAACAACUGCUGGAAGUGCGGCUUGGAGACAAGCUGGCGAGAGCACUUCUGCAAAUGCGGCGUGAUCCAGCUCCUGGACGAGCGACUGGACUACUUCGAGUUGUUCCAGUGCACUCCGUCUGUGUUCUUGGGGCUCAAGGAAGUCGAAAUGCGGUUCAAGAACAUGCAACGCGCUUUCCAUCCGGACCUUUACGCCAGCAAGAGCGAAGAUGAGCGAGAAAUAUCAGCUGCGAACUCAGCGACGGCGAACAAGGCGUACCAGACUCUUGUGCAACCUAUGGCGCGCGUCAAGUAUCUGAUGCGUCUACUGGGAUCGACGGCGCUGGAAGAAGAGGGGGAAGACGACAGGACGUCUGUCCCUAUGGACUUCUUGAUGGAGGUGAUGGAGACGAGGGAAGCCUUGGAGGGGUGUUCGUCCAAGGAAGAAGCGGAGGCUAUUUUGUCCGAAACAAGCGUAGCGGUCGAAGAGUGCUUGAGCGGUAUGGACGAGGUGUUGAAAGCGGGCGGCGGCAAGGACGAGCUCUCCGACGCGGCAGUGCGGCUGAGAUAUCUCUAUCGCAUCGAGGACGAGGCUCGGCGCGUCAUGCAUAGGCUAGAGGACGGCCUUGCAAGUCCAACAGCCGGGUAAUCGAUGUACCUGGCUCUGUGUUGAACGAAACGGGGCAUGCAGAGGGAGUGUCUGCGUAGGCACAUCGUGUCUAUGCAAUUUGUUAGACAGAACGAGAAAACCCUGCUUGGGAGAAAAGUCUCCCAACACCCGGUACGCUGUUGUUUUUCAGGAGGCCGUUGUGAACAGUCACGCACUGGAGGCAGUCUUGAACCAUGCGCAACCAAGUGUGCACAAAUAAGCGUUCAUGGGCAAGAAGUCGGCGCUAAGAACAAGCACGCGUCUGUGUGCUGACCGACCAACACGUAGGUUGGCCGAGUAGCGUUUCAGGUGCUCUCGGCAUGACAAGCGUUUUCCCGUCAAUUUUUCCAUGCCGGUUGGUGCUGGCAAUCGAGGACGCCAAACGUAAGAAUAAAAACAUCGAUACGAUGAC